GAGAGAGAGAAAGAGAAAGAGAUGAGCACAAGAAGAUAACACUAUCCAUUGCAGAACACUAUCAACAUCAACAUCAACAUCAACAUCAACGUCAACAUCAAGAUCCACAGCAAGAUAUUACUAUCGUAAACCCCUCCUCACAUAACUAGCAUUACUCAACAGAGCCAUGCCGAACUACGUCUCAUUGACAGAGUCCCAGAGGAGAAAAAUCGCCGUCUUCAUCACAGAGUCGCAGCAACAAGCCCAGCUGUUGCAACAGCAGCAACUCCAAGCAAGCAACGGCGGCGACGAUUCUGUGCUUGUGGGCAGUCCAGGCGGCAGUAGCCCGGUUGCGCCUAUCACUGGAAAUAACUCCAUCUCGUGCAAGGAAAUUGUCCAAUUCUGCAAGACUCGCUUUGGCCUCACCAUCUCACUAUCAACGGCUUCCAGACUUCGUUCCUCUGCCACAGAGCGUCUCGCCACAGAGCUCCUCAACCCAUCAGCCAAGCGCCAUAGGGCUGUCAAGUUUCCAGAGUUCGAGAAGGCACUGGUUCAAGAACUGAAGGCAUUGGAGCAGGAGCAACUUCAGAUUCAACAGGAACAGGAGCGUCAAAAUACCGAUGGUUCCAUGAGCAGCUUUGGGGACCCUUCCCAGCUGCCACCCGUCAUGACACUGACCAGUGAGGCAGCUAUCACGCAGGUCGCCAAGGGGAUCGCGGAGCGCAUGGGUAUUCCUGUCACAGAGCUCGGAUUGACCUCUGGAUGGUAUCAUGGCUUUAAGAGGCGGCACGGCAUCAAGCAUCGCCAAAUCAAGUCGCGAAGUGGCGUCAACGGGGGUGGUGGGAGUCCAGCUGCCAGCGGCUCGGCGUCUACCAUGGACUCGAUCAGUGGGUCUGGUAUAGGGGAGACCGGUGAUGCCAGCGAUGGGGCCGAGGGCGGUGAUGGCGAUAAGGAAAUGGAGGAUGUGGAUGCCGACAAUAAGGGCGAGGGCGAUGCAGGAUCGAACACAUCUGGACCUUCCUACCUGAAAGAUCAGCUCAAUAUCUCCAACAUCGUGCUCACACCCAAGGAACCCCCAGCUUCAAGCCUGAGAAAUCGACCCGAGGUGAAGAAGGUCACUGCUGCGACCGCCAACGACGCGCUCGAUGUCAUCUCAGAAUACCUGCUCCAGAAUGGCCAGAUCGGAGCGACUAAGCUGCCGUUGGUCAAGGAGCUGCGAAGGUUUCUGCUUGUCCAGACAGAGGCCGAAAAUGGGGCUGCCAACAACAAUGGCCUGCUCCUGGGUGGAGUUCCUUCGUUGGUGUCUGGAACCAGCAACCCAGAUAGCGCGCCUGUAUUUGUACAUAACUCAUCCACGAUAUCGACCCUUGUGAAUCCUGAACUGCCUAGUGUCAGUUCGAUGUCAUUAACGGGUCCAACGCCUCCCAGUGGACCUGGUAUAGUACAGGUGCUUGGGAACGCUCAGUCGUCGCUCGACUUGCCUGCGGACGGCCUGAGAGCCAUGGAGGAGGUGUUGACGAGUCAUCAACAGGCGCAGCAGCAUAUGCAGCAGCACCAGGUAUAGAACCUGCCGCUCAAAUAAACGAUGUCUCAGCAGGUUGUCACCCCAUAAACCUCAGCGCCAUUGAACACCCUGUGUUGCACACACAUGAU